CUUCUUUCCAGCCCCUUUUAGAUUAUCAAUACUAAUCCCCAAGUUUCUAAGGAGCUGCGUCGACGGAAACAUUCCACAUGAGAGUGCUCAAAGGCAUAUGGAUGAAAACAAGGUAAGAAUCAAGGCUGAGACCGGAGAUCGAGUGUAGCGCAACCGUUGAUACAUGAAGAGUGGGAUAGAAAGGAAAAUCUAAUACGUUGGGGAGGAGUGAGAAUACAGUCAGGAAGGAUGGGUUACUGGGAGAUUCCAAAAGUACUAUGAGCCUCGAGGUCAACAUUGGGAGGGAUUGGUCAGAAUUCAGAGAACAGUCAGAGCCACAGCCUCGUGGCAGUGCUGGACGUCACGCCCAACAAAUCCGACGUCGUAACGGCCAACAAUUCGUUUCCUCCCUCCACCCACUCCCUACACUCUACAACACAAUGGAAGACGAAGUCGCUGCUCUCGUCAUCGAUAACGGCUCCGGCAUGUGCAAAGCUGGAUUCGCCGGCGAUGACGCCCCUCGUGCCGUGUUCCCGUCCAUCGUCGGACGUCCCAGACACCAGGGCGUCAUGGUCGGUAUGGGACAGAAGGACUCGUAUGUCGGUGACGAGGCGCAGUCCAAACGUGGUAUCCUGACGCUCAAGUACCCCAUCGAGCACGGCAUUGUGACCAACUGGGACGACAUGGAGAAGAUCUGGCAUCACACCUUCUACAACGAGCUGCGUGUCGCGCCGGAGGAGCACCCUGUGCUGUUGACCGAAGCACCCCUGAACCCCAAGGCGAACAGGGAGAAGAUGACGCAGAUCAUGUUCGAGACAUUCAACGCGCCUGCGUUCUACGUGUCGAUCCAGGCUGUGUUGUCGCUGUACGCAUCUGGUCGGACGACCGGUAUCGUGCUCGACUCUGGUGACGGUGUGUCGCACACGGUGCCGAUCUACGAGGGAUUCUCGCUCCCGCACGCGAUCCUGCGUCUCGAUCUUGCUGGGCGUGAUCUGACCGACUUUUUGAUCAAGAACUUGACUGAGCGCGGAUACCCGUUCACGACGACUGCGGAGCGUGAAAUUGUGCGGGACAUCAAGGAGAAGCUGUGCUACGUUGCGCUCGACUUUGAGCAGGAGCUGCACACUGCGGCGCAGUCAUCUGCUCUGGAAAAGAGCUACGAGCUCCCUGACGGACAGGUGAUCACGAUUGGUCCUGAGCGAUUCCGUGCUCCGGAGGCUCUGUUCCAGCCUUCGCUUAUCGGUCUUGAAGCUGCCGGAAUCCACGAGACGACCUUCAACUCGAUCUUCAAGUGCGAUCUCGACAUCCGUCGGGAUCUGUACGGCAACGUUGUGCUGUCUGGUGGAACGACGAUGUUCCCGGGUAUUGCCGACCGUAUGCAGAAAGAGCUGACGUCGCUUUCGCCCGCGAGCAUGAAGGUGAAGAUCGUUGCGCCUCCGGAGCGGAAGUACUCUGUGUGGAUCGGUGGAUCGAUUCUGUCGUCGCUGAGCACGUUCCAAAACCUGUGGUGCUCGAAGCAAGAGUACGACGAGUCUGGCCCUGGUAUCGUUCACCGCAGUAUAGUGCUUCUAAUGCACCAAUGUAGCCUUAGCUUAGGUUUAGAAAACUGUGGAAGUAAUGCAUCUGCUUUUCGUCUUGUAUCCGAGGUGCACCUGGCUAGAGGGUUUCUGAGCUCUCCCGGCUACUAGCGGAUAAAGUCCUAUGCAAUUCUAGGAGAUUGUGCAGGGACCCUCAAGCGUAGACUACGCAUUUUUUUUUUGGUCCGAGUAGGCGGUCGGUGUUGACAAAGUCUUUCGGUCAUGCAGUCAUGUACACAACUGUGCAGAACCAAGGCGAAACAUAUCUCGCUCGCCCUCGAACACCAGCCAUCAUAAUCCCAUCACUUGACCACAUCAUGCAUCACUCGCGAACUCUGUCACAUGGUACUGUAUAUUCACAGCCACACCUAUCAGAGAUUUCGUCAGGCAACUCAGAAACUCAUCGACGACCCACUUCUCUCGCAAUGUCCACAGAACUUGCCGCAAGCUACGCUGCCCUCAUCCUCGCUGAUGAGGGAAUCGAAAUCACCGCCGACAAAAUUGUCACCCUGACCACGGCCGCCAAGAUUGAACUCGAGCCGAUCUGGGCAACCCUCCUCGCAAAAGCUCUUGAGGGAAAGAACGUGAAGGAGCUUCUAUCUAACGUUGGAUCUGGUGGAGGCGCACCCGCUGCCUCGGCACCCUCGGGUGCCGCUGGUGGUGCCGCCGCUGCUGAGGAGGCGCCGAAGGAGGAAGCCAAGGAGGAGGAGAAGGAGGAGUCUGACGAUGACAUGGGCUUCGGACUGUUCGACUGAUCUCAUUCCCUUCACUCUUUAUGGCACAUGUUUUUUUUUGCUUUCCGCACACUUAUGCACUCCCAUCAAAAUACAUUGCCUUCGGAAACCGCAAUUAUCUGGCUUCAAGUGUCGUGUUUGUCUUUGUAACGUCAUUUAGACGGCGACGCAAGGCGUCCCGAACGCGUGCUCUCCCUCUGUCUGCCAAUGUAUAAACCUGGUCAGCAACACAAUGAGA